AUGGUUGGGCUUGUUGUAGGCCCUGUGUAGAUCGUUAUCAAACGUUAGAUUCAACCGCAUUUAACACAGUUUUGCACGACUUCACAGACCUGUUGUGGAUUCAAGGUAAUUUGGUAUUAUCAACUGAGUUGAUGGCGUAAAUUGGCCACCUUGUGUCCUGACCUUUAAACAUUUUGUUUCACCACAGUCUCGUUGCCUUCGCUGUCUUUCAUUGCAUGAUGUCUCUGAUCUGGGAUGGAGAUCUAAGCACUUUAUGCAAGCUCUCUCAGUUCUGCAAGUCCACUCUGUCUAAGCUUUUACUGUAAAAUAGUGUUCCUCAUACAUCUUGACGCCAUCAUAACAAUUUUGACCAAAAACUAAUGCUUGGUGACGGGCAUUUGACAGGAGCAAAUUUACAUGUCGUCAAAGACUUGUCUGAUGUGACGGAAAAGACAUAUUUUAAUUAUCACGACUUAGAUUUACAUUCACUUAGAAACAGUAUUUCGGAAAUUAAGGCUUCCGCUUGAAAUAAACUGUGUGAGGGGCGUUAGGUUUAUAGUAAGACGAGGGUACUUCUUCGCUUGAGUUGUCCUCAAAGUUUUGUCUCCCUAGUUUCUUAAUUACCACGAGUUCCACCAUUUCGUUCCGUCUGAUUUCGUUCUAGCUGUUCAGUAAAGUCCGGUACAUUUUGUUUCGACUUGUGAAGACAGGGAAACCGAAGGAGAGUGCGGCGAAAGGCUCGACGAAAUUCGCUAUUCCUGAAAUAGUAUAUCAAUGGGUUGAUCGCCGAUGAGGUAAAGGUGAUUACUUCAAACCAAGGCCUUAUAAAAAUAUCAAUUUCCAUUUUAUUCUACUUCCGCUUUUGCAUUUAUAUAAUAAAAUCUAAUCAACAGUAGAACUAAACUUGGCAUACAUGUGAUAAUGCAAGCGCCUGAAACAAAACCGAUCGUUUCUAUAACUUUAAAAUUUUGCAUAGCACGAAGUCUAAUAUUCCCACUUGAAUUAGGUUUACAGCUCCUGAAAUUCUCUUGGACAAAAUUCUCCUAAAUUAUUUUCUGUCUAAUUUGAACAUGAAUAUCAUCAAAAGAAGACCACUAAUAAAUGAAACUACAAAUGCUAUACAUACAAACGACAUAAAAAGCUCUUUUCGAUCCUUUCCUGGUUGAAAGAAAAAUAUUGAAAAAAGUAAGCCUCAAUGAGAUGAAACAUACGAAAAUGAUGACCGCUAAGCAUCUCCUCUUGGUCAAAAUAUCGUGAUACUUAAAAGGAAAUCGAAUAGAAAAAAAAAGGUCAAUUGAAACACAACAAACGUUGAAAGCAGUGGCGGCGGUUGUGUGAACCCACGACAUUAAUCUAAAAUCAAACAAAAUGUUUUAGACCCUAGGCUGAAUCCAACUUCUGAUGAAAAUUUUAAAAUGGAUCCACGACAAGCCUAACCAAAACGUCCGUCACUGAUUUAGAGGUUAAAUCAAAGUGCUCUGUGAGCAAACUCGUGAAUUGACACAUGAUUUUUUGGAUUAUGUUCAAUGUUAUCUGGUUUAGGGAAUUUUGUGGUUGAUUGUCAUAUCCAGAGUACGAGCAGUAGUUCAGUGUUCGCUAAUGUAGCAAAGAAACAAAGUAACGUUGGGAUAAGAAGGCAUUACAAAUGAAAUGAUCAUGCCAUUGCCUUUGACAAGGAUGGAUGAUGUCAUGUGUUUUAAACGUAUAUCAUUUCUGUUUCUGGUUCAAAAGAAAAGGUUGGAAGUAAAUGUGGGUAAAAAGUAAAAUUUACUGUCUAUCAUUAUAGAUAUUAGAAAAUCAAGGCAAUACUGUCUUAAUGAAAACAUUAACGAUUCCCUCUUUAUCAAAUGAGACAAACGGGAACGAGUUUUGAGUGAUAUAACUAAGCCAAGACUGCCACCGUCAUUUUGGAUCUCCGCCUGGGUAGAUUUUAGUCACGUGCUAGGCAACGUACUGAAUCAAUAACAAGAUAGAAUUUCAUUUCAAGCCAAUUUAUCAAUUUUGUGGUGUAUAACUUUCGCAUUUUAGUACGUAAUAUGUAUUUUGAAUCUUCAAAUUGUCUUGAAACUUAAAAGAAAAUUUUACUUUAAAAAUUCACUGAAAAUCGGUAGCUAAAAUUGUUUGUUUAGGUGUUAUUUGAUUUUCGUGUUAACUUGUAAUUUCGUUAGUCGCCGGCAUCUUCUGUUGCUUCACACAGGAAAAACACACGAUACGAAGCGUAAUGAUCGAUUUUGUCCUCAAUCUCACGCCGUAGCAGAAAAAGCUUUUGAACAUCUGUAAACUCCGAGCGCUUCGCAGUAAAGGAUAUUUUCGAUGAAUCUUCGGAUUGUUUUCAAGUUCUAGGAUUGUAAAUCACAAUUUUAUGAAAAACGAAGGUUGUUCUGUUAUUUCAGUGUGAAUCCUUGCAUGCCUGCCAGUCGCUGGCGCCGCUUGUUGAAACUAAAACGAAAAAAAAAAACUCUUUUAAGAUUAUCAUUGGCUUCUUUGUCACCCCACCACUAUUCUUAGCAACAAAGGUCACCAUUUCGUUUGUUUUUGCUCGCCAAAAACUAUCAAAUGCACUCAAAAGCCUAAAAUCGAAAAAGAGUUUACAGGAAUCGACCAAUCGAGCGAGUGCCAUUCCCCACAUCGUAUCUACAACUCGCUCUUGCGCAUGCGUGCAAUUCACGAGUUAAAAACGGUUGGAAACUGUUCAUAAAGACUGUUUUACAAAAACGGCGUUUUUGUAGAACAGCUACAACACAACGGGAUUUCCAGCUACAGUGGCUAAACUAGACAUGGAGAGCCACAAACUGCUCUGCUAACAUGUUCGCUUGGGCGGCUAUCAUCAUUCAUGAUAAGAUGCUGUAGGGCAACAGCAGAAGUCAAGAAAUAAGUCUGAGAAUUGUCUGAAAUUUGCAACUGCGUGUCCUCUUAAGGGAACAGAUGUUACUGAAUAUGAAAUGAUAUAUAAGUUUUCCAUAUCCGCUUUUCAAAUUAUUGAGAGGAUGGCGUAAUGUGUCAAUAUCGGUCCGUUUGUAAAAAGGUGGGCGUUAAAUGUAAAAUAUCCGAAUUAAAAAAAAAAAAAAAAGGUUUGAGGAUUUAAGGCUUUGUCCAAACCUCUUCAAUCCAUCAAUACAAAAAAUAUUCGCAAAAGUUUAAAGAAAAUCAACAACAGUUUCACCUUGACAGGCAGCUGCUGCGUGACACCUUAAAGCUUUUUUUCCACGUAAUCUAAACCAGCUCAAGGGGUACUGACUUAAAUCGUAAAUAACCAAAUGUAAAAUUUAACGCUGGAUAUCAAAGUUGAAAGUAAAUGUGUUGAGUUUAGAAUUCGAAAUUAGUUAGAUAGUCGGUAAUUUGAUGCGUGUUGCGCGUAAUGCGUAAUUUAAGCAAACUCAAGCGGGGAGGUCCCCGGUAUUUUAAACAACUACUUUGUUGCAAAACAAAAAGGCAGAGAUAAUUUCAGGCCAAAAUGAAUGCUUCGGGUCUUUUACCGGCCAAUUAAUUUGAAUGGAACUUCUAUUUUCUAUGCCUUUGAGGCCUCUCGAAAAACACAUUAGAAUGGCGUAGUAAAUUGUUCAUCUUUAAACAAGGUAGAAGUCUUUAGACCACGAGGGAAAUGUUACUCCGAUAGUUUUCUGGUCUACGAAGCGUUAAAUAUUCAACUGGCAUUGCCUUAAGUCCAGUAGCUGAGUUCUGACGAGAAAUAUAAUCAAAUAGAGAGGUUGCAAACAAAGACGUUUACUACAAACGGUAAAAAACGACUUCGUGCCGUCUGUGUUCAGCCGUUGUCAGAUCAGCCUCCAGACUUCAACGUUAAACAUCAAAUUCGCCCGCUGACUCGGAAGAAAUCAAUGUGUCCACUUUUGUGAUUCGCACGAAACACAAUUUAGCUGUUAACCAGGAGUUGUUGACAAUUAGAGUAUCCAAAUUAAGAGUUUUCUAGUCCACAUCCCGCGUUAUUAAUUAUAAAACAGGUGCACGUCAAGGGAAACCUUUCUAUAAAUUUUGGUUCUUAAUCUUCUACAAAAUCACUUGAAUCGUAACGAUAACUCUUUUUAUCAAUUAUGGAAGGCAGGGAAGGAUUAAUACCGAGCUAGAGAUUUAAAAAAUUUUUCAGGAACGCGUCUUUCUUUUCAUCUCUUUACCGUUUUCGAAAGCUUUAAAAGAUCAUUACGACGCGCCUGUCAAUAAAAAAGGAUAUUGCAUAAGGGGGAUAUGAUAAUUGAUGCCAAAAACACUUUAGUUUCAGAAAGAUCUGUUUGGUUUGUAGAGAGGAUAGGAAAAAUUUAAUCGUUUCUCAAGCUUACUUUCUUUCUUCUGCUAUCGCCAUCCACCAUGAAUGAUAGCGACCCACACGUUCAGCUCAGCAGUGCAGAGUCCAUCGUUUUAUCACUAUGGCUCUCAAUGUCUGGUUUUGCAGCUGUAACUGGAAAUGCAGUUGUGUUGUGGCUUUUCUUCAGAAAUGAGUCUUUACGAACAAUUUCCAACCUUUUUUUAGCCUCUUUAUCCGUAGCGGAUCUUUUGGUUGGGCUUGUGAUUGUUCCUGCCUGGAUCAUAUUCAUGUGGUGGUUAACAUUUCACAACCUUUUUAACGUCUUUUUAGAAUGCUUGUGGGUUCACACAACCGUCACCACCACUUUCAACAUUUGCUGUGUUUCAGUCGACCGGUUUAUUGCCAUUCGGUUUCCUUUCCGUUAUCAGGACAUAGUAACCAAGAAAAGAUGUUGCAUAGGGAUAAUUUUGGUGUGGUUAUUUUCACUGGGUCUUCCUUUCUCGACGUUGUCGGUAAUUGGCGAGGAAAGUAUCAGUGUCUCAGUGCUGUGGAUUUCUGUUGCACUUAUAACAUUUGUUAUUCCAUUACUUGUAGUCUCAUGUUGCUAUAUUUGUAUUUUCAAAUCGGCAAAAAAGCAAUUUAAAAGAAUUUCAGCUAGAGAAAAUCCUACAACAAACAACGACAAUGUCAGAGUUCGUAGUAUGAAAAAUUUCAAAGCUAUCAAAACAAUCGGUUUUGUCUUGGGUGCUUGUAUUAUCGCAUGGACGCCCAGUUUUGUUGUUCUGUUUCUUGAUUGUUAUUACACUGUGAUAAGUGACUGGGAUAAAAGUUUGAGACUAUAUUAUGUUGUGUGGCCUUGGGUUGAGGCAAUCGCUUUUACUUCAUCAGCAGUCAAUCCAUUCAUAUAUUACUUUCGAAAUAAAGAGUUCCGCCCAGCUUUUCGCCGUACAUUUCGCUGGUUACCCAGAAGACGUAGCAAGAUAGGCACAAGAACAACCAGGUUGAAGUCAACUCGAGACCUAAUGACAGAAAUGGUUUGAGUUGUGGAGAUAUAGGAAAAGAAAAGAAAGAGUUCUGAAGACAUCUCAAAGGAAACACGACUGCCAUUAAUAAAAAAUUUUGAAAUGAACUGCAACUUUGUUUUGUGCAUUUUAUUUUAAAAAUAGCGUGUGAAAGUCUAAUAAAAUACCCUCUUUAUAACAAUUCUUUAUUGGUUGUCUCUGUGUAAUUCGUUUUGACAGUCCCUAAGUUCUAAGAUCUGCUUAGGCGGUUACUCAGUUGCCUUAUCUCCAACCAUGUUUUAGGAGAUGUUUGCAAAAAGAGUGCAGAACAGGUUUUUACCUUUCUCUAGAAAUAUCUUUAGGUGAUUUCUUGUUUGUUCUUGAAAACGCCCACAGAUAUAAGGUUAUUCAGCAUCGACUCAAUGAUCCUCGCUGGGAUGAUCAUGUCAGUUCAAACGCAUAAUCAAAAGAUUUUUCAGAUUAAUUUGCAAAAUUCACUCGUUAUUCCUAAGAAACCUCUAAAAAAGAAAUUGUAAACAGAAGUCGGUUUCCCGGGGAUCAGUUGAAAACGAAACCCAUAUCUUCUUUUCAGAUUAAUCCUGAAACACAGAGCAUCUAUUGCUGAUACAUGUACCUCACCCAGAAAAAGGACACAGCAGUUUUACGUCUACCUUUCAAUCAUUGUGGCUUUCUUAAAUCUAUGUUAUAUACUCAUUAAACAAUGUUCGUGUUUUCAAUAAUACUAGUGCCUUAUUAGUGUACCAAAACCGUCCUCUUUUUCCUGAAUGGUUGUCAUCAGAUAUUUUUAUCUAUUCUAAUGUGCAUGACAUCAUAUAUUUACAGUAAGAUAACAGUUAAAUUCUACUCUGCGCUCAGUGAGGCAUUUUGUGGUUAUGAAAGUUCUUCUCCAUUUAACUUUAGCAGGUGAAAAACUUCAGAUAAAUAAUUUGCAAAGUUAUUUGAUGUUCUUAAAGUAACAAAUUUCGGAUCCCCCCUCUUCCUCUAUCUAUUCCGAGUUUGAAUUAACAGAGGAACUGGUGUCGUUGUUUCUCUAGGAGCAAAAUCAGAUUGUUGUCAGUUUUCCAGGAGGCUCAAUCAACGUUCCUCGUUGAUUAAAACUGUUCGUCUCAAUUGAAGAGGUCCUCGAAGAGUGACUACAUGAAUAUAUUUUUCAAAGUCUAAUUUACGAGCAGGCCAUCCCAGAAGUUUCUCUGUCAACCGACUGUUUUUCAGUUCAACAACAUUCUCAUAAGCAACGGCUACUGAUUGCCAUUGAUUUGACGAACUUAAAACAAAAUUGGUAAAGGGUAGAUAACGCAAUUUGAAUACUUUUUUUAAAUGUCUAAGCAAAGACAAAGCGAGGAAAUACUUUUAAUCUCUUUCACAUUUGCAAAAGAAUGAAGACUGCUCGGCCUGUAACUUGGCAACUUCUAGCCUUGUACUCUGUCGGAAUAUGAUCAGCUAAGCCUUAGCCUAUAAGAUUUCAUCAGUAAUUCUCCUUUAUGUCUGCCAUAUAAUUAAUGUGACGUUAAUUUGGAGAAUUCGGAAUUGGAUCAAACAAUAAUCCCCUAAUUGAUGUUUCUUUAUUCCAAUUACUUGUCUGCUUGAUAUCGUACCAAUAGUGUCAGUAAAAUUCAGCCUAGAUCACUAGUGAGACUUAAAUGGUUAAAGACACAUAAGGACAUAAACAUGCAACAACAUUUUGUCGAGAUCUACUGUUGUUCACGAGGUGUAACGUAUCCCUAAGGUAGUUUUGAUCAUAGGAGAGCUUAAAGGAAUUGGGAUCUUUAAGCUGGAAGGACCCCUGAGAGAUAAUUCUACUGAACUUUACCAGCACUAUGAGACGUUUAUCUUUAAACGAGCCAUUAAUAAAUCAAGUGUACUUUAAGAAUUCAUUAAUUAUUGGUAAUUAUGUUAUUUCUUAUUUCUCUUUUCUUACAUAUCAUUUAUUUAUCGUUCAUAUGUCUAUCUAUUUUUCCAGUUUUGCUGUCACUAAUCAUAUUUAACGUUAAAAAUUCAUUUAUUUAGACAUUGAUAACGAUUUCGAAACAUUUUUUAGAAAGGUGUUGUUCUUGUUAUCUUUAUCACAGUUUUGAGGAAUUUUAAAAGUUUAGACUCAGAUUAUCGAUUCGUCUUCGUUAAUGAAAAGCAUAUCUGCACGAAUGCAAUAUUAUGAUUCAUACAAAAACAUUUUAGUUUCAGAGACAUCUGGUUAGUGAGAGGAGGGGACAAGAAAUUUUCAAGCGUUCCCAAGCUUACGUUCUUUUCCGAAUAAUCUUAUGAAAAGAUUGCAACAGAAGUUGGCUUCUACAGAAUCAGUAUAAGCGAAACCCUAUUUGCAGAUCACUUCUUUGGCUCAAAGCAUCAGAAGAUUAUAGGUCUACUGUAGUCGAUUAUGGUUCAAGCCUCCCUUGGAACAAAGUGCCAAAACAACCUAAAUGUGUAAAAUCAUUUCACUACAUUAAACGUAGGCUUUUAACCUUUUGUAACCAGCGAAGUGUAAGUUGAUAGUGUAAGUUUGACUGGAAAUGGGAGGACAAUUUUGUAAACUCAUUUCUGAUAAAAAAUAUUCCUCUUUUAAGUUAUUUGAUAUCUUACUUUUAGGUAUAUAUUUCUAUGGGGGCUCGAAAUCAAUUGGGACAAUUGCUCCAGUUGGUAUUUGAUAUUUAUUCAUUUAAUUAAUUGUUUGUUUAAGUGUACGUAGGCAAUGAAUUUAAUAGAUGUUAAUACUAAUUGCUUGAUUCGUAAGCAAUAUUUUGUGGUUUUAACGACAGAGAGAACGAGUACGACGCGAAAGAAAACUAGGGUGAGUGACAGGCAUAAGGAAAGAAACACGAUGGAACCUCUACAAUUGAAUUGUCUUUCCCCUCUCGUCAUGUGCCAGCCACUCUUGCUAGGAAAAACCAGUUCAUACAGAUGGUAGAAGAGUGGGAACGAGAGAAAUUAGCCAGAAAACGAGUCCAUUAUAAUUUCUUGUUGACCACAUUGACACAAUAUGACAUAUUCAAAUGACGAAUUAUAAAUUAUUAAUAUAAGUUAUAGGAGUCAUUUUUCAUUUUGAAAAACAUGUGUUUUCAGUUGUCACAAUUGGCUCCAAACUUAGAGUUUCAUUGUCGCCUUAUCAUUUCCUUCGCUCGGAAUCGAGUCCAAAGCAUACGGUAUCUUUUGUGAUUAUUGUUAAACUGCAUGUAACCGUUAACCAAGAGCCGUUAAUUGUAUGAGAAUCCAGAAUUUAGAGGUUUCUGAUCGACUUCCUGUCAAAAAAGCAGCCGGAUCUCAGGGUAAACUUUGUUUUCAAUUAUUGUCAAGCUUUUUUAUUUAUGCGAAACACUAGAGAUUUUAAGAGUGAGUUUCUUUUUCAUUGUCGAUGAGAGGCAAUGAAAUAUUAAGAUGUUAUCUUAAACAUUUUUUAUCUAACAAAGGGCAAAAUGAUUUUCUGGAGGCAGGAGUACUUCUUUAUCUUUUCUAUUGUAAAUAUGCUCAAUACUGAAGACCGAUUAAGUUUUUUUUUUAGUUUGCUGGUCAGUUCGUUUAGAUUGCUGAAAGGAAGAUAAACAUCCUUAAACACUUUCCCCAGAGGUGUCACUUUAUCCAUCUCUUUUACCAUAAGACGUGCCUGUCAAUACAAAGCAUGUCUGCAUAUAACAAAUAUGAGGAUUCAUACAAAAACAUUAUUUAAGUUUCCGUAACACCUGUUUGGUCAGUAGCGAGGACAAGAAAAUUUCAAGGAUUUCCCAAGCCUUCUUCCUUUCUUCUCCUAGCAAUGAAUAUUUGCCAUCCUCACGAACUUCUCAGCAGCGCAGCAUCCAUCUUUCUAUCAGUGUGGCUCUUUCUAUCUAGUUUUGCAGCUGUAACCGGAAACGCAGUUAUGUUGUGGUUGUUCUACAAACAUGCAUCUCUACGAACAAUUUCCAACCGCUUUUUAGCCUCUUUAUCAAUAGCAGACCUAUUAGUUGGGCUUGUUGUAGGCCCUCCGUGGAUCGUUAUUGGAUUUUGGAUUCAGCCUCCAGUUCUCUCAAGUUUGUUCUACUUUGCAUACAUAUUGUGGCUUCACACGACCGCCGCCACCACUUUCAACACUUGUUGUGUUUCUGUAGACCGGUUUAUUGCGAUUCGGUUUCCUUUCCGUUACCAGGUCAGUGUAACAAAGAAAAGAUGUUACACAGUGAUUUUUUUGGUGUGGCUGUUUUCUUUAAUUCUUCCUUUCUUGAUGUUUCUGGUAGAUUAUGAGCCCAUGAUAAAUUAUUUUGUGUCGAUGAUUUUUCUUGCGUUUAUUAUAUUUGUUAUUCCAUUACUUGUAGUUUCAUUUUCCUACGUUUGUAUUUUCAAAUCCGCAAAAAAACAAUUUAAGAGAAUAUUAGCAGGAGAAAAUCCUACAACAAACAGCGACAGUUUUAGACUUCGUACUAUACAAAACCUCAAAGCUAUCAAAACAAUCGGUUUUGUUUUGGGUGCUUGCAUUAUCACAUGGAUGCCCAACUUAGUUCUGCUGCUUGUUGAAUGUAAAUAUGCCUUAGAAAAUAGCUGGGCUAGAAUUUGUUCGUUGAACCUUGUUGUGUGGCCGUGGGUUGGGACAGUCGCUUUUACCUCAUCAGCAAUCAAUCCAUUAAUAUAUUACCUUCGAAAUCAAGAGUUUCGCGAAGCCUUUCGUUGUAUCUUCCGUUGGUUUCCUCGUGAACGCACUGGAGAAAGCACUCCACAAACCGGGUUGAAACCAAGUCGACGCCAGAUUUUACAAAAUGUUGUGAGACCUGGAGAUGCAGCGAAUAAAGAGACAGAGCUCUGAGUACAACUCAAUCGAAACAAGACUUUUUCUUCCAUGGACAGAUGAGAUGAGGCUGAAACGGACCAAAACUUUCAUUAGUCCAUUUUCCUGUAAUUUUCGGCUAAAAAUCUAAUUAAAAAACAUCUUCAGAAGAAUGCCCAGACAUAGCUUUUCACUAGUAUUUCUUAUUCUGUUUUGAGAAUCCUUUAAGUUCAAGACGUUCUUUGAUGUUUACGCAUAUUGAUGCCUAGAGAUUCGCGGACCAGGAACAACUGUUUCCAUCUGCCUUCAUUCGUGCUCAAUUCCCUCAAUUUUAUUGCUUCUCUCGAUUUUUUUGUCGUGAUCCCUCACACAUAUCCCUGACACUUUAUUCCAUCGGGACGAAUGCAACGACGUAGGUCAACCCACGUAUGAUCUUUUUUCAUGUGGUAUCCAUCAGGGAUCAAACGAAUUGAUUGUGCGAGACGGAGCUUUUCUAGAAAGGAAAACUUUCUUGUAAGCAGUAGCGAUAUCUUAUGUGGAGCCAACUUCUGGCGGAUUUUUGUGAAAAGAAGAUCUUCAAGAAUUUGAUUGAAUUUUGGCGGACCAGAGUUCCCUCCGAUCUUUUUGGCCAAUCUUUUUAUAAUAUUUUAGAACGGUUAUCUGUCUUUAGCAAUCAAAGGAACUGCGAAAUAUGACUACAAAAGAAUACUUUGUUGGUCUGCAGUUCUAAGCACAUUGACAAGAAGAAAGAUAGGAUAAAAUAUCAAAUUUCCUUUCUUACGGAAAAAUACAAUACUGACCUUGCCCUUUGUGAGAUAUUGAGAAAUAUGCUAUCCUAACUCAGUAUCAGUUCAGUGAUCCCUACCCAGGAGAUCCUUUGGGGUUUAAAAAGUUGAUUCAUCUGUGUUUCCAAAUAAGUCAGUAGAAUUUGCUAUUUUUCUCCCAGUAAUCUUAAAGUGAAUUUGUAACAGAAUUUGGCUUCUAGGGAAUCAGUGUAAGCUGAACCACUUAGCUUAACACGGAUCACUCUUUUGGCGAAAAGCAUCAAGCGUUGAUGCUAAUAUUGCUCGAACCAUAAUAAGGAUUUAGCAAUUUUAACGAAAGAAAGAAGAAGCACCAAACGAGAGAAGCCAGCCUGUUUGACUGGCUUGAAUAAGAAAAAACGAUGGAACCUUCGUACCUGAACUGUCGUUCCCCUUUCCCUCUCCAUCACGUACAAGCCACUCUUGCUGGGAGGAAGCGGUUCAUACAGACAGCAGAAGAGUGGGAACGAGUGAAAGUAGCCGGAAAUUCAGUUUGUGGCCCAAUUCACAAAUUAUGACAUAUUCAAAUAACGAACUACCUAGAGAGUUUUUUUUUUUUAACUUAAACAAACAUCCUGUUUUCAACUGUCACACUCGGCUCCAGAGCUUCAUCGUCAUCUUUUCCAUUUUGCUCGCUUGGAAUCAAGUCCUUGCAGAGUGAGUCAUAAAUCAGGUCAGUUUAGAAGUAAUCGUUGUGUUUCUGUAGACCGGUUUGUUGCGAUUCGGUUUCCUUUCCACUAUCAGGACCUUGUGACUAAGAAAAGUUUUUACACAGCGAUUAUUUUGGUGUGGCUAUUUUCAUUAAUUAUUCCUUUCUCUUAGUUAUUGGUUGAUCAUAGGUGCCUGUUUGAUAAAGGCAAGGAAAAUAUUACUUUUGCAGUGCUGUCGAUUUCUUUAGCAUCAACAACAUUUGUUAUUCCGUUACUUGUACUCUCAUAUUCAUACGUCCAUUUUUUUAAUCCGCAAAAAAUCAUUUUCACAGAAUAUCAGCGGGAAAAAUACAGGAAAGUACAACUAG